UAUGCACAACUACCUCAUCCUGCUUACGGCUUCGGCUCUGAUGUUCCUCUCUUAUGGCCCUGGCGCAUUAUCCCUAUGGUCCAGUUCUUUGCAUCAAUGUACCCGUACCCACACCACACCAUCUCGCCGAGGCCUGGAACCUGAUUGGGAGUUCACCCGCUACAUUACUUGGCACCAUCCUUUGCUGGCUGCUUAAUCAUUGGCUUGACAGGUGUUGGCGACCGUCAGAACGCGACCAUCUUAUUCUCAUACACGUCUUAUGUUUGAUACAGUGCAAUGACCACUCACGCAUUGGUCAUCUGCGUUAUUACGUGCUCCGGGGCCGCAUGGGCAUGGGACAGAACUCAAAGUGGAUGGCCGAGGCAUUACGCGUCCUCGGUGGGAAAGUAUGCCUACUGUUGUGGAAGCCAGCAGUCCUCACAUGCC